UAUCAAACAAGCAAGUUAAGAAAAAAAAUGGCAACCUUAAAAUUUGUUUUAAUUUUCAUUCUUUCUCUUGCAUUUGUGUUCGGGCUUUCCAAUUCACAAGGCUUACAAGUAGGGUUUUACAAGAAAACAUGUCCAAAUGUAGAAGCAAUUGUCAAAAAGGCAACAACUGACUUUGUUUCUCGUGCUCCUACUUUGGCUGCUCCAUUGUUGAGAAUGCACUUUCAUGAUUGUUUUGUUAGGGGAUGUGAUGGUUCAGUGCUACUUAAUUCAACAAAAGGCAAUCAAGCUGAGAAAGAUGCAAUUCCAAAUCAAAGCCUAAGAGGCUUCCAAGUGAUUGAUGCUGCUAAAUCUGCUUUAGAAAAACAAUGUCCUGGCAUUGUGUCGUGCGCUGAUAUUUUAGCCUUAGUAGCUCGUGAUGCUGUUUCACUGAUUAAUGGACCAACUUGGCAAGUAGAGUUGGGAAGAAGAGAUGGGAGAGUUUCAAUUCUCUUAGAAGCCAUAAGAAACCUGCCAACUCCUUUUGACAACUUUACUACUCUAAAAUCAUCAUUUGGCGCUUUGGGCCUAAGUGUAAAAGACCUUGUUGUUCUAUCAGGUGGCCACACUCUUGGGGUAUCACAUUGCUUUUCUUUUGGAAGUCGUUUGUAUAAUUUUACUGGUAAAGGUGAUACAGACCCAAAUAUGGAUCAAAACUACAUAGGUCAAUUGAAGACCAAAUGUAAGCCAAAUGAUGUGACCACCACUGUUGAAAUGGACCCUGGAAGUGCAAAAAGUUUUGACACUGAUUAUUAUACCAUGGUUAGCAAAAGAAGAGGGUUGUUCGUAUCUGAUGCAGCUCUUCUCACUGAUAGUCAAACAAAAGCUUAUGUCUUGUCCCAAUUAACCGGUGGAUCAACUUUCUUUAAGGAUUUUGGAGUAUCGAUGGUAAAUAUGGGCAAAAUUGGGGUCCUUACAGGGAAAUCAGGUGAAAUUAGAAAACAUUGCGCUAUUACAAACUAAGAGAAACUUUUUGGAUUUUGUAUGCUCCUAAUGUUUUGGGGCAUGCCGACAAUUAUAUACCUGCUAAUCCGAUGUCCACCCCGCCUCAUAUUGUGCCAGAAUGGUAUUUCCUACCGAUCCUUAAUAAGCUAUUUCCCUUGCAAAAUUUUAGUUUUUCGUAUUGGUUUGUCUAAUAGACCUCUGCUUGCAGUGAGUACUUUUUUUUUAUUUGAUUAGUUCGUGAAAUAUGUAUCUUAUAGUGUAAACUUUUACUUUAUUGUAAGUUUGUAAAUUUUUUUUGUUUA